UCUCCUACUUCUCCUGCUUUUAUUUUUUACUUUCGGUCUCAUAAACUCAACACUUCAAAUCCGGUAGAGAUUCAAGACGGGUUUCGUCGGAGGUUUCUUGUUCAUUAUCUGAUUUGCUUUCUCUUAGGGUUUUAUCGAUUUCGAUUACAGUUCUUCAUCAAUGGCCGCCGCUAUGGUUAGCUCCGCCGGAGGGUUACUGGCAAUGCUCAACGAGCCUCAGCCUUCCUUGAAGCAUCAUGCGCUCUCGCAUCUCAACAACUUGGUUGAUCGAUUCUGGCCCGAGAUCUCCACUAGUGUUCCGAUCAUAGAGAGUUUAUACGAAGAUGAAGAAUUCGAUCUGCAUCAAAGACAGCUUGCUGCUUUGCUGGUCUCUAAGGUUUUCUACUACUUGGGCGAGCUUAAUGAUUCGUUGUCCUAUGCCCUUGGAGCUGGACCCUUAUUUGAUGUUUCUGAGGAUACUGAUUAUGUUCAUACGCUUCUAGCCAAAGCAAUAGAUGAAUAUGCCAGUCUCAGAUCAAAGGCAGUCGAGUCAAAUGAGAUGGUGGACAUUGAUCCCAGGCUUGAGGCCAUUGUUGAAAGAAUGCUUGAAAAAUGCAUCACUGAUGGGAAGUAUCAACAGGCCAUGGGCAUUGCGAUAGAAUGCCGGAGAUUGGAUAAGUUGGAGGAGGCUAUCACAAAGAGCGAUAAUGUUCAGGGAACUUUAUCAUAUUGCAUCAAUGUUUCUCAUUCUUUUGUUAACCGCAGAGAGUAUAGACAUGAGGUGCUUACUUUACUUGUUAAAGUCUACCAGAAGCUGCCAUCUCCGGAUUAUUUGAGCAUUUGUCAAUGCAUGAUGUUUCUGGAUGAACCGAAAGGUGUUGCUAGCAUAUUGGAGAAGCUUCUUCGCUCGGAGAGCAAGGAUGAUGCUUUAUUAGCAUUGCAAAUUGCAUUUGAUCUUGUAGAGAACGAGCACCAGGCCUUUCUAUUGAGUGUUAGAGAUCGUCUUCCCGCUCCCAAAACACGCCCUGUAGAAGCAGCUCAGGCGGUUGAAACUACUAGUACUACUGCUCCCAAUGAGAAUCCUUCGGGGGAUGUUCAGAUGGCGGAUGAAACUCCAGCUCAGACAAUUGUGCACGAGACAGAUCCAGUUGACGUUACAUAUGCUGAGAGGCUAACAAAGAUUAAGGGAAUUCUAUCCGGGGAGACAUCUAUUCAGCUGACACUUCAGUUUCUUUACAGCCAUAACAAAUCGGACCUGCUGAUACUGAAGACAAUCAAACAGUCUGUUGAGAUGCGGAACAGUGUUUGCCACAGUGCUACAAUAUAUGCUAAUGCCAUAAUGCAUGCUGGAACUACAGUGGACACUUUUCUUAGAGAAAAUUUGGAUUGGCUAAGCAGGGCCACCAAUUGGGCUAAGUUUAGUGCUACGGCGGGAUUAGGUGUUAUCCACAGAGGUCACCUGCAACAGGGUAGGUCAUUGAUGGCUCCAUACUUGCCUCAGGGAGGAGCAGGUGGUGGUGGGAGUCCUUAUUCCGAAGGAGGUGCCCUCUAUGCUCUUGGCCUUAUUCAUGCUAAUCAUGGCGAGGGCAUCAAACAAUUUCUACGUGAUAGCUUACGCAGUACUAAUGUUGAGGUCAUUCAACAUGGAGCUUGCUUAGGUCUUGGUUUGUCAGCUCUUGGGACAGCUGAUGAAGAGAUAUAUGAUGAUGUCAAAAGCGUGCUUUAUACUGACAGUGCGGUUGCUGGUGAAGCUGCUGGCAUCAGCAUGGGUUUAUUAUUGGUUGGAACUGCGACUGAAAAGGCAAGCGAGAUGCUCGCUUAUGCUCAUGAGACGCAGCAUGAGAAGAUAAUAAGGGGAUUGGCUCUAGGCAUAGCUCUUACAGUAUACGGUAGAGAAGAAGGAGCAGACACCUUGAUUGAGCAGAUGACUAGAGAUCAAGAUCCUAUCAUCCGUUAUGGUGGCAUGUACGCACUGGCAUUGGCUUACAGUGGAACAGCAAACAAUAAGGCAAUUCGCCAAUUGCUACACUUUGCUGUAUCUGAUGUCAGUGAUGAUGUUAGAAGGACUGCUGUUCUGGCACUUGGAUUUGUAUUGUACUCUGAUCCAGAGCAGACUCCGCGUAUUGUAUCAUUACUUUCUGAGUCGUACAACCCACAUGUUCGCUAUGGAGCGGCUCUUGCUGUAGGUAUUUCUUGUGCAGGCACUGGCCUCAGCGAAGCGAUAUCCUUGUUGGAGCCUCUUACAUCAGAUGUGGUUGACUUUGUUCGUCAAGGUGCUUUGAUUGCAAUGGCCAUGGUGAUGGUCCAAAUUAGCGAAGCAAGCGAUUCUCGCGUUGGAGCGUUUAGGCGCCAACUUGAGAAGAUCAUACUCGACAAGCACGAAGAUACAAUGAGCAAGAUGGGAGCGAUUCUGGCCUCUGGUAUCCUCGAUGCCGGUGGUAGGAACGUUACAAUAAGAUUGCUCUCUAAGACCAAACAUGACAAAGUCACUGCUGUUAUUGGCCUUGCUGUCUUCAGCCAGUUUUGGUAUUGGUACCCUCUGAUCUACUUCAUUAGCUUGGCCUUCUCACCAACCGCUUUCAUCGGUUUAAACUACGACCUUAAGGUCCCAAAGUUUGAGUUCAUGUCACAUGCAAAACCGUCUUUGUUUGAGUACCCAAAACCCACCACGGUUCCUACAGCUAAUACUGCCGUCAAACUUCCAUCUGCUGUUCUCUCAACCUCAGUGAAAGCCAAAGCUAGGGCUAAGAAAGAAGCUGAGCAGAAAGCUAAUGCUGAAAAAACAACAGGUGCCGAGAAGUCAGUCAGUGAGAGUGGAUCUGGAAAAGGGAAGGCAUCAGCUGAGAAGGAAGGAGACUCUAUGCAGGUCGAUGGCACAGCAGCGGUUGAGAAGAAAGCUGCUGAGCCAGAGCCAGCGUUUGAGAUUCUAGUAAACCCAGCUCGAGUAGUCCCAGCUCAAGAGAAAUACAUAAAGUUACUUGAAGACAGCAGAUACGUACCAGUGAAGCUAGCUCCAUCGGGUUUCGUUCUUCUCAAAGACUUACGUGAACACGAGCCAGAGGUUCUCUCUCUGACCGAUGCACCAACUUCAACAGCUUCUCCUGCAACUGGUGCAGCGGCGGCUACACAAGGAACCACAGCCUCGGCUAUGGCUGUAGAUGACGAGCCACAACCUCCACAAGCCUUUGAAUACGCUUCAUGAUUUCAUUUUCUUUUAAAAUUAGUGGAAAUUUGUUGUUGGUUUUAUUGGUUUCUGUUGAAAGACAAAAGCAGUGAGAAGAAACAGAUCUUUAAACUCUUGAUACUGCUUUUUGUCAUUUAAAAUUGGAUUCAAGUUCAAAUACGAUCUUAUGUUACUUUUCUUUAAUUAGUUUUACAAGUUCAAAUUGGAUUCAAAUAUU